CUUUUUUCUAUUGAUCAAAACAAGGAAGUAGGUUACACGUGAACUACUUCGUGAUAAAGCGUAUUAUUCGCAAGUUUAGAAAGGUGCAUGUGUCAUACACCUUUAGUAGUAUCAUGACAUAAUUGAUUUAGUACAAUCUGGGCAAUUUGAUCCAAGAAUUUUUGCAAGCUAGCGCAACUGGAAAUGUAUACUAGCUAGCUAGCCAAAUAGCUAACAGUAAAUAGAUGAGUCGUGUGUCUAUGAACUAAUAUCUAACCGCUAUAACACUCGGAAUUAAGGGGUAACGCGGUAUUCUUAGUAGCUGUCUUAGCUGACUGGGACGGAGUAUGAAGUCGUUCAAGUGUUCUGCGCGACAUGGUUAUGCAGUAGAAAUCUCCCCCUUUUUCCCCAAUAGACUUGCAUGCGCAACUUCUCAGUAUUAUGGCAUAGCAGGUUGUGGAACACUGCUUGUGCUGGAACAGAGGGAACCUGAUAUUCUGCUCUUAAACAGUGUUGCGCCUGGAUCAGUGUGUCGUGCAGAUCUGACGUGUCUCCUCCCCGUGGUCAGCCUCGACUGGAAUGACGGACUCUUUGACGUGACGUGGAGCGAGAGCAAUGAACACGUGGCGGUGACUGGAGGCGGGGAUGGCUCACUGCAGAUCUGGGACACAGCCAACCCUCGCGGUCCUUUACGAGUCCUGAAAGGGCACACGCAAGAGGUGUAUGCCGUGGAUUGGAGCCAGACACGGGGGGAGAACCUGCUGGUGUCAGGGUCCUGGGACCACACAGCCAGGGUGUGGGAUCCUGAGAGCUGUCAGUCUGUGGCCACACUCCAGGGCCAUGAGGGAGUUCUCUACAGCACCGUCUGGUCCCCCCACAUCCCAGCCUGUUUCGCCUCGACGUCAGGAGACGGGAUGCUGCGAGUGUGGGACGUGAAGGCGGGUUCCUGUCAAUUGGCAAUCCCAGCCCACAAGGCAGAGAUCCUCAGCUGUGAUUGGUGCAAAUAUGACCAGAGUAUUGUGGUCACGGGAGCCAUCGACUGCAGCCUGUGCGUGUGGGACGUGCGCAGCGCUGGCCAGCCAGUAGCCCAGCUGCUCGGACACUCCUACGCCGUUCGGAGGGUGAAGUUCUCCCCGUUUUACAAGACAGUGCUGGCUUCAUGCUCAUAUGACUUCACAGUCAGGUUCUGGGAUUACUCCAGGAGCCCGGCGCUGCUCGACACCGUGGAACACCACUCAGAGUUCGUGUGCGGCCUGGAUUUCAACCUGCACAUCCCCAACCAGGUGGUCGACUGUUCUUGGGAUGAGACGGUAAAGAUCUACACUCCUCCAUGCUUGGCUGCUCUUCAGACAGGCACGUCAUAGAGAGAAGAUAAUUACCUCACUGUGGUAAGGUGAGAAAGUAUUGAGUCAGUGUCACUUGAUUGGUGAAAAUGAAAGUGACAACAGGUUCACUACGACCACCAAAAAGGGCCUGGUUUUGCAGGUGGCAACAGACAGUGCAAGGAAGAACAGGAAGGGCACUGCCUGAGCUUUACGAAAAGAAACAGAGCUCCUCUGGGACAUUAUGUAUCAGUGCAUCCAACACUGCCAAGCAGCUCCACAGACUGUCCAGGAGUUCACUGAUGCCCUGAUCCCCCAGGACGUUGUCCAGCAUCUCCUCAUGAGCCCAGACACUGUCAGGGGUGCAUACAGGCAUGUGGGGGCCAAACACACUACUGAGUCAAAUUGAGUUGCUGUGAUGAAAUUCCCAAAAAGUGCAUCAGCCUGUGUUUUCAGUGUUUACUUCGAUUUUCGGUGUGAUGUUGAAUCCAGCCCUCAAUGGGUUAAUGAUUUUGGUUUCCAUUGUCAGUUGCUAUCAUUUUCUCAACAAAGUACACAUUUCAUAUCAGUAAAGAUUUUCAACUUGAA